AGAAAAAGCACUUCGGACUAAUAUUAAUGGGCCUUAAAAUAUUUUGGAUAAAUUGAGCUCUAAAUAUGUAUCGGCGCCGAAACCAGUCUUGUCCAACAAGUACAGAGCUUUACUCUCCAGUGUCUGACAUUGCAAUAGAGGCAAAGAUGUUUCUCACAAGGACUGAGUAAGAUCGAGGAUUAACACUUUCUCUCCAGAAGGAAGAUUGUUUCAGGCUGAUUAUGCUAUUGAAGGCAUUAAGAAAAUGGGGAGGACAGCGAUUGAAUUGCUAGUUGAUCGAUGAGAGACACCUAAACAAUUAGAGCAUAUGGGUGUAUUUUGGAUUCAAUAAAAGCAAUUAUAUUUAUUAGCAAGCAACAGAAGAAAGCAUAAUCCUUCAAUGGCUUCAGUUCCUUCAAAACUCUACUCUGAUGAUGUUAGUCUUGUAAUGGUGUUAUUAGACACUAAUCCAUUCUUCUGGACCACUUCUUCACUUCCAUUUUCUCAAUUUUUAUCUCAUGUACUUGCAUUUUUGAACUCGAUUUUGCUGCUUAAUCAGCUAAACCAAGUAGUGGUCAUAGCUAAUGGAUAUAAUUCAUGUGAUUAUAUUUAUGAUUCAUCUUUAGUCAUGAAUCAUAGCUCAGACGAAGGCAGGAUUCCGGCUUUAUACUCUGAUUUGUUGCAGAAAUUAGAGGAUUUUAUGAUUAGAGAUGAAAAGUUAGGGAAAGGUGAAGAAUCUAAAAGAAAGAUUGCCUCUUCAUUGCUCUCAGGAUCUUUGUCUAUGGCACUUUGCUAUAUACAGCGGAUUUUUCGUUCAGGACCACUUCAUCCUCAGCCUCGUAUUUUGUGUUUGCAGGGAUCUCCAGAUGGGCCUGAACAAUAUGUUGCAGUAAUGAAUUCGAUAUUCUCUGCUCAACGCUCUAUGGUACCUAUAGAUUCUUGUUAUGUUGGUGGUCAUAAUUCAGCCUUUCUGCAGCAGGCUUCUUAUAUUACUGGAGGUGUAUAUGUUAAGCCUCAACAUUUAGAUGGGCUCUUUCAAUAUUUAGUGACUGUGUUUGCGACGGACUUGCAUUCUCGUAGCUUCUUACAACUCCCUAGGCCUGCGGGUGUGGAUUUCCGUGCAUCGUGCUUUUGCCAUAAAACCACGAUUGAUAUGGGCUUCAUAUGUUCUGUAUGUUUGUCCAUUUUCUGCAAGCAUCACAAAAAAUGUUCGACCUGUGGGUCAGUGUUUGGUCAAUCCCAAUCAGAUAAUUCCUCAUCAUUAGAUCGUAAGAGAAAGGCUCCAGAAGCAUAAUCACACUCUUCUAGAAGUCUAAUCUUAGUGACAAUGCUGCAUUCAAGCAACACACUGGAAGUGUGAUGAACUUGACGGAGUCCUGCGAUAAGAAUAUGGAUUUGAAUUUUGGUCAUAACAGAAGCAAAGAUAGCAGCUGCAAAUGUUUUACUUGUUGCUUGUUAUCUCUCAAGUACUAUUCCAGCAAAUCUCACAGGCUCAGGCUUCUUAAUGAUUUAGUUUUUGUAUUUACUUUAUUCACCAGAAAAUUGAGGGUUUUUAGCAUCGCUAGCAUGAUAUGAAGUUCUUAUCCGAGGUGUCAUCACAAUACUUGUUCAAUUUUUAAGGUGAAUGGAAUAAAAGUUGGCCUGGAGUAAAAACUGCAACACAA